CGUUCUCUUUUGAAUCUUUUGAUGUGCUUAAUAAUGCUGCAUUCAUCUCCUUCCUCAUCUACCUGCCCCCCCUUUCUGUGUCUUUCUGGUAAUAUACAGUCAGAGUCAGUGACGGGAAGAUUAUGACUGUCACGGAGACAGAUCACUGCGACUUUGGCGGGAAGAUUAUGGUCCUCGAUUAUGGGGAUCGAGUGAUUAUGCCAGGGCUCGUGGACAUACAUGUGCACCUCAAUGAACCAGGGAGGGAGGAUUGGGAGGGUCUGACGUCAGGCACUCGUGCGGCAGCUGCUGGUGGGAUUACGACAGUCGUUGAUAUGCCUCUAAACAGUUUCCCAGUCACCACUGAUGUCAAGAGUUUGCACCAGAAGGUAGAAGCAACGAAAGGGAAGCUGAGCAUUGAUAUAGGCUUCUGGGGUGGGCUUGUUCCAGCAAACGCAGAAAAUUCGACUGCCUUGGAUGAGCUAUUGAAAGCUGGUGUGCUUGGUCUCAAGUCGUUUAUGUGUCCUUCAGGGAUUAACGACUUUCCUCAAACGAAUUCACAGCAUAUCAAGGCAGCAUUGCCAGUUUUGGCAAAGCACAAACGACCUCUGCUUGUUCAUGCUGAGCUCCCGCAAACAAUAUCAAGUGAAGAUUCUCCUUCCACCCAUGCAACAGAGGAACCACUUCGCUUGGAGGAUCCGAGGGCGUAUGAAACAUACCUGAAAUCUAGACCACAUUCCUGGGAGAAUGCUGCAAUCAGGCAGCUGAUUGAAGUGGGAGAGUCAACUAAGAAGGGCAGGGAGGCAGAAGGGGCAAGCAUCCACAUUGUGCACCUUGCCGAUGCCAACUCACUGUCGAUAAUUCAGGAUGCGAAGUCGCGAGGAAUAAACUUGACGGUCGAGACAUGUACUCACUAUCUGACAUUUGCUGCGGAAGAGAUACCGGACGGCGACACACGGUUUAAGUGUGCACCUCCCAUUCGGAACGCCAAGAACCGGCAACUGCUAUGGAAAGCUUUGAUGGAUGGCACAAUUGACUCUCUCAGCUCAGAUCAUUCCCCCGCACCGCCCCAAAUGAAGCUCUUCGACGAAGGAGAUUUCAUGCGAGCAUGGGGAGGAAUCUCCUCUCUUCAGUUUGGUCCCCUUGCCACGUGGACGUAUGGAAAACAGCGAGGUAUAACUCUGAACCAUCUGGUUAGGUGGUGGAGCACCCGGCCGGUUGAGCUGGCAGGUUUGAACCUUAAGGGAUCACUAGAAGUGGGUCGGGAUGCAGAUAUCGUAGUAUGGACGCCCAAUGAGUCCACAAAAGUUGAUGAUGAAAAAAAAAUCUACCACAAGCAUAAGGCGACCCCUUUCUUCAACAUGACUCUGGAUGGGAGAGUAGAUUUCACAUUUGUCAGGGGACAGCUGGUUUUCUCCCAGGGAACCUUUUCGGAUCGUCCUUGCGGCAAGCCGAUUCUUGUGUGAAACCGGAAGACGGGGGGCGGUACUCAGUAAAAAAAAUAUAUAUAUUUUUUAAUUUAUUAUUAUUAUUUUAAUUUUAUUUUUUUAUUUUAAAUGUGGUGAAGAAUGUUUACCGAACAAAACAGAUAUCAGACAACCAGGAAACGGGUCCGGCGUCCCUUACAUCAAUUGCUGUGGCUGAACGAUCUAAGCAAGGCGCUCUCGGCCAAACCUAUCCCUACCGCAGCCCCACAAGGUCAUGACAACCAAUCCCAAUCCCAACCCUAUAACAACAAUCGCGUUCCCUUAUUUCAGAAACCGAAAUCCUAAUCCACCCCUUCUCCAAGCCGCCAUUAUUAAGCAACCCUAAUCUAGCGAAUUCCAAGCCAAGGAACAAAUAUCACCAACCAAA